UGUUCCGUCAACAUGGCCACGCUUAGCCGCUCGUCGGGUAAAUUGCUAAAAUUGCAAUAUUCGCCGGUUUUAACCCGUAGUUUAAGUAGUGCUAAAGUGAACAAAAGCUUUAAUAAUGUAUUAACAACAUGUGCGUGUGUUUUUGGUGGUGCAUUAUCGUUGUACGCUAUUAAACGUUAUGGAAAAGCAAACACAGUCUACGCCCUCAAAGCUAAGCCGGAUGAACUGGCGAAAUCUGUGAAGCUGACGUCACGAGAGCGCCGCUUCAUCAAGUUCGCCAGCGUGGAGUACGGCGGGCAGCUGUACAUGACCCCGCAGGACUUCCUGGAGUCGGUGGUGGAACAGGAGCCUAGGCCUCGUCUGAAACGGCGCGUCUUGACAACGAAAGAGAUUGAGCACCUUCGCGACCACACGCCUCAGCUGAAGAAGGGGUCCCCGCAGAUGUUCAGGAAACUCAAGCAUGAAGGAAUCAUCUCUUACACAGAGUAUCUCUUUCUCCUUUCGAUAUUAACAAAGCCAGCCUCGGGUUUCCAAAUAGCAUUCAAUAUGUUUGAUACGGACGGUAACCAAAGGGUGGAUAAGAACGAAUUUCUAGUCAUUCAGCGGUUGCUCGGUGGCGCUUUCAAGGAGCGUAAAGAUCUGGACAGCAAAAGCCAGGAGGCACUGCUUUCGUUAGUAUCUUCAAGCGCACAGCGAAGCAAGACUGUACAGGCAGAAAAAACAUCCAUUCAUAGGGCGUCUACAAUGGAGAAAAUCUUUAGUUUCGCUUGGCGCGGCAAGCGCGGCAUGCCGGAGACGAGCGAGGAGGACAAAGAUAGCAAACCCCAAGACAAUUACGUGAACGACGACCAAGGGCUGCAGAGGAGGCAUAAUGUCGAUACGUUGCUGCAGGUUCACUUUUUCGGCAAGAAAGGUACAAACGACCUAAAGUUCGAAGGAUUCAAACAGUUCAUGGAGAAUUUGCAGACAGAAGUGCUGGAACUUGAGUUUCAGGAGUUUGCAAAAGGACACGAAACGAUAUCCGAAGUUGACUUCGCCAAGAUCCUACUCCGCUACACUUACCUCGACACCGACGAAUACGACAUGUAUCUGGACAGGCUCCUGGACCGGGUGAAGGAUGAGAAAGGCAUCACCUUCGAGGAGUUCAAGACUUUCUGUCAGUUCUUGAAUAAUCUAGAGGAUUUCACAAUCGCUAUGAGAAUGUAUACGCUCGCAGACCAUCCAAUAUCUAAAGAUGAAUUCCACCGCGCUGUGAAGAUUUGCACCGGCAUCUGUCAGUCGACGCACCUCGUUGACACAGUGUUCGCGAUCUUCGACGCGGACGGCGAUGGCCUCCUCAGCUAUAAGGAGUUCAUAGCUAUAAUGAAAGACAGACUCCAUAGAGGAUUUAAGUCUUAUGCAAAGAAUGAAGGGUGGGAAGCUUUCAAGUCGUGCGUCAAGCAGGAAAUGAAGAGUGCUGUUUAGAAGACAACAGAAAGCCAUAACAAGAACUAAGAUUAUCGCUUAGAUUGAUGUUUCAACUUAUAUUGUAAUUAUUCUCCUUUCUUAACUUAAAUAAUUCACCUAAAAAAAUUGUCAUUCAUAUUAUGGUUGGACAAGGUAUAGUAAGAUGCUCGCCACAAAAAUUGUACAUUCAAUAUGUUGAAUAGGGAACUAAAAAAAAUUGGUGACCUCACAUAUUUUCUGCUGAUCAUGAUAAUUAAUUCAUUUAUAUAAUCACAUCUAUAUCCCUUGCAGGGUAGACAGAGCGAGCAGUCUUGAAAGACUGAUGGCCACGUUCAGCUGUUAGGCUUAAUGAUAUAAAUGAGAUUCAUCAAGAUAUUAUAGCAAUAAUUAUUAUAACACUUAUCGAAUAAAACAAAACGUCGAUUCUUUACUCGUAUAAUGAAACGGUGAAAAAUUAAUGGGCACUUUUUUAAAUUACUUUCAAUAAUCGAUAUCGUCUUGCCCUACACGAUUAGUAAUUAAUAUCAACUCGAUUAAGCUUUCUAUUCUGCAUCAUCGAUCCGGUGACAGCCGAUAUCUUACCAAACUUAAUUUAAUCUAAUUUUUGAUGUUCUGAUGUUGUGAAAAAUUUGAAUCUAAGUAUAACAAAACAAAUCUUUAAAAUUAUUUUUUUCGGCAAAUCACUAAAAUUUAAAUUAAAUGUAUAAUAAAUGUUCUUAGUCAUAUAGGUUCAUAUUGCCUGUUCAUAUUUCAGUCAUGUUAAUGUAUUGAUCUGAACUACUUAGUUGUAUUAUUAGAUAUCUUAGUCAAAACUAACAUUCAGUGAGAUUUUUAUACAAGGGUUUUUAUUUAUGAACUUUGAUCGCUUUAUUAACAUUUAGGCUUAAGCCGUAAGACGGUAUGUUUUCUUAAUUUUAA